AAGGUAAUAUGGCCGCUUUGAUCGUACGUAACGGUACUCUCGGUAUAUACAAUAAUACAUGUAACUUUGUGCUCGAUUAUCAUAACGAUACACACCAGCACCUUAGCAUACUUCCUACGCCACCCAUUCAGUCGAGCACAGACAGUUAUCUAGGUUUGGUAACUUAUUGCUCGGCUUUCUCCAGCGACAGCAGUUACUACGCUGUAACCGAUCAAAAAACACUUUAUAUUUGGUCCACUCGAACAUGGGAAUUGGUAACCAAAACGCUGGAAAGAUCAGCCAGUAAGAUUACGUUCACGCCUCGAGAUGACGCCGUCGUAGUAGCCGAUAAAACAGGAGACGUUUACGUAUACGCGUUAUCGGAAAGUACGCCUAAAGGUACCCGAAUCUUGGGUCAUCUAUCUAUUCUACUCGACGUACUAGUUACGCCGGAUUCCAAGUACAUAAUAACUUGCGAUCGCGAUGAAAAAAUACGAGUGUCGUGUUAUCCGAACGGUUACAAUAUUCAGUGUUUUUGCUUAGGCCAUACCGAAUUCGUCACCAGGAUUACUUUUUCACUCAACACGCUGGUAUCGUGUUCGGGCGACGGUACCGUUAAGUAUUGGUCAUAUUUAGACGGCAAGGAAUCGUACAGUUAUGAUAUUUCGAAAGAUCUUCAAGAAGAAACGCAUCUCGAUCAAUACCUUAUCACGAAUAUUGCAACUAUAGACUAUCAAGAUUACUCUACGAUUUGCCUAUCUGUUCAUAAAUACAACGGCGUUCUCGUUUACAAAUCUAAACGCUACGACGGCGAUAAAAUCAGCGUCGAAAUUGUACAGAAGAUUCAAUGCGAAGAGCCUUUAAACAUCGCCACCAAUACACAUUCUUUAUGGAUCCUGAGUAACUCGGAAUCUUCGAUAUUAUCAGUAUGGUCUUGGAAUACGAUCGAUAAGUUCGAGAGAACUCACGAUAAAUACGAAAAUAACGCGAUUAACGUUGUGAAUAGAGAAUGCUCGAAGCUGAUAAAAGCUUCGUUCGUCGAUCUCAGCGUAUUAUACAAGAAAUAUCAAAUGAAUGAAGAAAAACGCAAGAAGAUUCGAUUACAAUGACCAUCGGUUUCAUUUUUUUAUAUCCUAUCAUGUUUGUUCGAUUGCUGUUCAAAUAUACUGUUUGUUUUUCAAGCCAAA